AUCGUGUCGUUACGACUCGUAGGUUUUGGAUGGUUACAAACUGAGUUUUAUGUUAUGAACAUGUUUUUCGUUACUAAAGAUAAAAACGAUCUAAGUCUGUCUACAGUGGCUAUGUUUAUACAGUUUUGUGUUAAGACUUAUAUAGUUCGAUUUUUCUGAAGUUUUGUAUUGUUUGAUUGUCAUGGCUACUUUUACAGCAGAACCAAACCAAAUAAUAAGGGAGCUGCAAGUGUUUCUUGCAGGAUCUACGCAUAGUGGUAAAGUUCGCCGUGCAGAAGUCACUAACUCAGCUUUAUUUUUACUGAAGCAUUUGCCUGUGGCUAAAGAAGCAGUUCUUGAAUUUAUGAACAGUUUGUUUGAUGAAGCAGUAAACAAUCGCAUUUUAAAAAUAGAAUUAGAAGACAAUGCCACAGUUGCAAGCAAUGUUGCAUCUGAUGAACACUUCUUAUCAGAAGUAUAUUCUAUGCUGUUUUCAUUUGUUAAAGAUAACCCUGGAGCUUGGGCUCCUAUUAUAUGCAAAUGGACCUUGGGCCUGCUUGGAUAUCUGAGUAGUAAGUAUGCUGAUCGACGAGUUGUGCCUCAUCCAGGAAACUUUCCUGAAGUACUACAGCUAUGGAUGUCCUGUCAUCCAACGAGGACUUUGAUGAAUUUAACUACCCAGUCAUUGUCCAUUUUGAUAGAGUCUGAUCCAGAUGUGUGUAUUGAUUCAUUGCUUGAAAUAUCUGUACAACAUUCACCCCAUUUUGAUUGGGUUGUUGCACACAUCGGCUCUUGUUUUCCACAGACAAUAAUUUCUCGGGUUAUAGCGUGUGGACUGAAAGAUUUUUGCAUGCACCAAGACGCUCAACAAAAAGGGAACCUAAGCUCAGAAAAAAAUGUUCCACGCCUAACUUCAGUUGUUGGUAUUCUUGGACAUCUAGCAGGGACUUACGGCACUGAAAUACAAAAAGCUUUAUUUGAACUUUUUCAGGAAAGCUUUGUGGAUAAUCCAACUAAAGAGCAGGUGCUUACAGUUCCUUUCUUACUGCAGUUAGCAUCCUUAUCAGAUGUGCUUCUUCGUAUCACAACUUCAGAAUUUGUAACAAUCUUGACUCCAACAGUCUUGAACAACCUAGCUAAGCAAGCGAGACACUGGAAUAAGGCUGCUGUCUUUUCGAGUAGUAGUAUGUUACACCUGGUGUUGCAUCUUCUUCUCCGCAGUGCAGAAGGAGGAUGUCAAGUAGUCCAGUCUUUGCUUGAUAUUAUCACACCAUCCAAGAACCAAAUCCCUAUUGAUGAAAAGGUACAAGAAGCAACUGGAAGGAUUUUGGAUGCUUUGCUGUUGGAUAUCCAGCAGUUAGUUCAUUCAGGUAGUGUGGACAUCCCAAUCUUGGACUCUCUCAAGUCCCACAUCCCAGAACUCUGUGAGUGUUUGAUUGAAGAAAAGAGCACCAGGACUGGCUGGGUAUUAAACCUGCUCAAGUUUCUUUGUCUUCAUGGAGAAGAGACAACUAGCUCCAAGAUUUUAGGGCAAUUGUUACAAGCUUUGAAAGGUGAAAAACACUUCUCUUUCCUGAAGACAUUGUUGUUUCAUGUUGAACCUCAUCAGCCUAGUAUCUUACCUAAAACUGUGUCCUGGCAACUACAGGAAAUGAAAGCAGGUAGCCUGGCCUAUCCUCUAAGGCUUGUGAAGAAUUUGAUCAGUUUAAUGAAGUCAAAAGAGUAUUCUCCCAAGAUAAUUGAAACUUUGAGAGAAAACAUUGAAACCCUGGUUACACAACCUUCUCUGACCAUGAUGGAAUAUUAUGAUGCCAUUAUUGAGCUCCUCAGUCUAACUGCUGCCCCAGAAGAAAUGUCUGUAUCUGCAGUUAACAAAAUUGCUUCAGCAUGUGUAUAUUACUUCUUUGCAGUUACUGGCCAGAAAGACCUAGACAAGCGUAAAUUAAUAUUGAAAAGAGUAAAUGUUUGCCAAAAACUGCUGAAGAUACUUUGUCAACAGUCGGCCUGCCAACAUAUCGCAAUAAGGAUGCUUCUUGAAGGAGUUCUGAGUGAGAGGCAUUGUCGAAAUUUUGGCUCUUCACUAGUAACUCCAAAAUCAGCAAAUCAGUCUAAUUACACAAAAGAAAAGUCUCUUCUCGUAGAAAUAGGAAAGCAUGCUACAGAUAUUACGCUGCCUCAAAGCCAUUCUUCAGUGUUUCAUGCCGGUGUUAUUGGAAAUGGUUUGCGAGCACUUGAAAGAAUUGAACUACUUCCUGACAGUGAAAUCUUACUUAAUAAACAGCUGUUCCUGCAGCUUAUCCACAGUUGUUGUUCACCGUACAAACUGGAUUCUACAGAAAAAUCUGUAAAGUCUUACAAACAAGGUGGCAUGAAGAUUGUAGCUCUUCUAACAGUUGAACUGGUUUCUCCAGAUAUUAUGUUCAAUGGACUUCCGUGGCCUGAUGAAGAUACACAGAAGGUGACGAUAGAACGUGACCUCAACAUUAAACAAAUGUUUUGCACUCACCCAGUGUUAUGGAAUCUCUUGUAUGCUAUCGCAAGCAUUCACCCAUCUCUGUGUUAUUGCAGUGUUCUUUUGAGAGCUAUUGUAGCAGUGGUAAUGACACACUGGGGCAGUUGUCAAGCAAAAUUAGCCAGCCACUUACCUGAACAGUUGGAAUUAACGAAGAAGGUGAUAGAGCUUUUGUCUCUUGGUCAGCUUCUUCCUCCACCACUAGCCUAUGUUGGAGACAUUCUUCCUCAUCUUCCUCCGUUUGAGUUAUCGUGCGUGUUGGCAGACAUUUGGCAGUACAUGCAUGACAACGUACCAAGCCCUGCAUUAUUCACUGGAAGAGAUUCGUCUAGUGGUCAGAUGUGGAGAGACUUCUCUCGUGAAGCGGGUCCAGAAACUGCUGCUCCAAAGUGUGACAAAAAAUAUACAGACAGGCUUCGAAUCAUCAUGCAAAAAAAUAUUGAGAAAUUUGGAUCUUUGUAUGUAACAUUUUUUGAAGGUUUUUAAACUACAUAAACUUGUACAAGAAACAGAGUUCAUUUUUCUCUUUUCAUUGUAAGUUCAAGUGGAAGUUAUUCAUAAAUUUACAUAAAUAUAUGACAUGGUGUUUGGAGACAUAUAUAACAUCUUAAUUAUUUUUUUUAUUAUGUUAAAUACAUGCAAUAAGCUAGAGGAAUAAUUGCAUUAUAAUAACUGUGUGUGGGAGUUACUUAUGGUAGGUUACAAGCUUCAGCUGUAAUCUGAAAGUGUAUGCUCCUACAUGCCCUUCAAAAAAGUACAAGCUGAAAUAUUAAAGUCUUUACAACCCUGAUUAGAAUGUAGUAGUUUUACAGGUCUGACUUGUGAAGUUGAAUAAGUGUGCCAUUUUUAUUUUAAACUAUUGUUUAAAAAAUGCUGAGAAUUGAUAGAUCUUUAAGUCAUUUGCCUUCUGUAGUGGUAUUUUCAACAAUUUUAUUAUGUAUUCUAAAUUAAGCUAGUGGAUCACCAUAUGUAUAAAUUUUGAGACAGUCGUGUCUCAUGAUUGUGAUUUAAUAGAAGACAUUAAGCAGGUAUCCAAGGAUUAAUAUGGAAUGUCCAUAUACAUAAAGUUAUGCAAUUUUAAUAAAUCAUUGAAAAGUCAGAAGCUUGUUGGAUGUUUUUAUUUUUUUAGGUUUUAUUAACCAACAUGAAAUUAGAAAGUACAAUCUUCAAUAUUCUUGUUUAACUGUUCAUCAGUUGGGAAUUUUUAUUUCAAUCAAUUUGAAACUGUUAAUCUUGUAGAUUGUUUUAAUUUUGUGCAUGCUUAAUGCUUAAAUAUUGUUUGAUUUGUACAAAUGUUAAAAACAUUAUGAUAAACCUAGUAAUCUAUCAAUGAAUUUAAUACAGACUGUAUUGAACUUUUAAAGUCUGUACAUUACUUGAAAAUGCUGGGAGACAAAUGCAAGGGUUUUACAGUUUAUGUAAAGGGUGGCCCAAAAUUAGGUAUACAGUUGAUAAUUGAUAAUGUAUUUAAAGUAUACGGUUGAUAGCUGAUAAUUUAUUUAUCGGCACUGGAGUCUGAUAAUUUAUUUAACAGUCCUGGAGUCUGCCUGCCACACUUCUGCAAACUUUCUGACACAAGUCUGUCUGUCCAUCAAGUUUUGUAAAUUUGUCUGUGAUGUACCCUUUCAUUUCAUCAACAUUCCUUAGAUUUCUUACUGUACACUUUUGUGCUUGAGUAUUCCCCAGAUGAAAAAGUUCAUAGGGGUACAGUGCGGUGACCAUGAAGGGAUCUUGAUUGUGCCUCUGCACCCUAUCCACUUAUGAGGGAAAUUUUCAUCAACACAAUCACAAGUUAUUAGAUUCAACACAUGCAACUGUAUACCUACUUUUGGGCCACUCUGUAUUUCAUGUUUGCAGAACUUGCUGGUGGAAUUUUUCAUCAGAAUGCUAUAACGUGCGAAUAUGUUAUACACACAUGCAUAGAGAAAUGUUUAAAAUAAUGUAUUUGAAUUGAACACAAGAAAUAACUGUAAGAUCAGUGUACUGGUACAUUUGAGCAUAGUUCCAUGGAGCUAUAGACCACAUUAAGCCAUUUUUCAGAAUCGCAUUUCUGUAGGGAAGAAACUUAUGAGUUGUAUACAGCUUAUAUAUUCUUUAGUUUUAAUAAUUUAUUUCUCUUUGCAAUCCACCCCUUUGAAAAUGUGAUAGUGUAUUCAAGGUCUAUACAAUAAUGUAAAAAUAUAGAAAGGUCAGGCACUCGGCAGUAGCCCCCCAGUGGCACGGCUGUAUGUCUGUAGACUUGCAAUGCUAGAAACCGGGUUUCGAUACCCGUGUUGGGCAGGGCACAGAUAGCCCUUUGUGUAGCUUUGUACUUAACUACAAACAAACAAACAUUCAGCAGUAAGCUUGUGGGCUUAUAGUACUAAAAAUCAUUGUUCAGUACCUAUGGUGGGUACAGUGCAGAUAAUCCAUUGUGUAGCUAUGAGCUAAAAAACAAACAGUGAAAGAGUCAAGGGUUUUGUCAAAUAUUAACUUAUAAUUGGUUUGUAUCCUUCCAAAUAUAGGAGACACUUGGAUAAAUGUGGCUUUUGAGUUUAAUACCAAAUUAGUGUUUUCAAGUUAUGUUCUGUUUGCUUGGCUAGGAAAUCAAAUUUACUCUUUUGAUUAUCUGUUUGAAUUUUGUACUAGAGUUGGAAAUGUGUAUACCAGUAUAAUAACGUUAAAAAUGUAAUGUUCUUUUGAACUUUAAGAUCAUUAUGUGAGACUGUUAAACUUUUGCUGUUGGUGAAACUUCA